ACACACCGGGCUGGCAAGCUGAAGGCAGUAUCUUCUUCCUACAGCAGCCAAGCCAGGUGCAAGCCAUGGAGCCUCGGGUGGCUAGGGCACUAAGUGAAUGCACACAUCGAGCAGCCUAGCGCCUGGAGGGACCCAGGGCAUGGCAGGACCCCUGCGGAGCCGAGUGGAGGAGCUAAAGCGGCCCUGGUGGAGGGAGAGCUCCCCGCUGGUGCUCCAGCACAGCGAGGCUGCAAGACUUGCUACGGAUGCCCUCCUAGAGAGGGGCGAGGCUGCCUACCUGCAGGUCGUGUCUGAAGAGCGGGAACUGCCUUUCCUGAGUGCCCUGGACGUGGACUACAUGACCAGUCAUGUGCGCGGGGUUCCCGAGCUCAAAGAGGCCCAGGGGUCAGAGACAGUAGGGCAUGACCGCCUCAGCAUGCUCUCCGAAGUUACCUCAGGCACCUACUUCCCCAUGGCUUCUGACUUAGAUCCCCCAGACCUGGACCUGGGCUGGCCCGAAGUGCCACAGGCCACAGGUUUCAGCCCCACCCAGGCGGUGGUUCAUUUCCAGAGGGACAAGGGCAAGAGCAUCAAGGACCUGCUGCGAUUCCUCUUCAGCCAGGCCCACACGGUGGUGGCUGUGGUGAUGGACGUAUUCACUGACAUGGAGCUUCUGUGUGACCUUAUGGAGGCCUCCAGCCGACGAGGUGUCCCUGUCUACCUCCUCCUGGCUCAGGAGCACCUGAAGUACUUCCUGGAGAUGUGUUAUAAGAUGGACCUCAAUGGGGGGCACCUUGUGAAUAUGCGUGUGCGGAGCACGUGCGGAGACACGUACUGCAGCAAGGCGGGUCGGCGAUUUACCGGGCAGGCCCUGGAGAAGUUUGUCAUCAUUGACUGUGAGCAGGUGGUGGCAGGCAGUUACAGCUUCACCUGGCUUUGCAGCCAGGCCCACACCAGCAUGGUGCUGCAGCUGAGGGGCCACAUUGUGGAAGACUUUGAUCGGGAGUUCCGAUGUCUAUAUGCCGAGUCACAGCCUGUGGAAGGCUUCUGCGGUAACGAGGAUCCACUGUCUUCCCGGGUACCUCGUCCUCCCCCUGUGACCCUGGCCUUUGGACCUGGAAUUCCAAGUGCUGCAGGCUCUUCACCCUCCAGUAACAGCCUCAGCAGUAUCAAACAUUCACCUUUUCUGGGCCGUUCUUCCUAUCUCGCUCUACCAGGAGGUGGUGGCUGCAGUGACCUGGGGAUGGGGUCCUCGUCCCCAGGUCCUGCCCUCCAUGAAGCCGGUGGCCCACCAUCCCUGUACCGUCAGCUUUCAGAUCCUAACCAUAGCUCAACUCCUGGACCCUACAGGGCCAACCUGAGCAAGCUGGGGGCAUCUCCAUGGUCCCAGUCCUCUCCUGCCCUCAACCACUGUAGUACCAGUCCCUUGACCCUGGCAGUGGGGUCACCUCUGCUCCCAUGUUCCCGCCCCCUUCUCCACUUUACUAGGGGUGUCCCAGCACUGUCCCGGCUCCCAGAGAAUGGGCUCCCAGCAAGUCAAGAGCCUGUCCUUCCACGAGGUCGCUGGGUACCUGGCACAGCUCUGGAGACAGUAGAAGAGAAGAAGGUAUCUCUGAGCCAGAGUCAUGACCACCUAGAUCGAAUUGUCCCCUUCCCUAAAGCAGGAGAAGCAGGAGGCCCCAGUUCUAGAGUUACCCCCAAUUCAGGUUCCCUUCAGCAUGGUGAGCAGGCCCUAGAUGAUAGGAGAUUGUCCCUGAGCCACAGCUACAGCCAGCUGGAUCUUCUGUCCCUGGGCCAGGGUGCCCUUGAGUCAGGCUCUCUCAGACCUGGUGAUCUGAGUCUAGAGGACAGGAAACUGUCCUUAAACCACAGCCAUGUCCAAUUGGACCUCCUGCCACAAAACCCCAAGACCCAGGCCUCUAAAAUACCCCCUAAUGCCAAUUCUUCAGCCAGGCCUGACAAGCAGAGUCUAGAUGAACGACGGCAGACUCUAGGCCACAGUCAGCUGGACCUGAUCACCAAGUUUGGCCCAUUCCGGAGUGAGGGGCCUGGACCCAAUGGUCCCCCAGAACCAAACCCAAUUCAUAUGGCCAGAGUAGGCUCUGCAGAUGAGAAGCGGCUGACUCUGGGCCACAGCAAACUGGACCUCAUCACCAAGUAUCAUCAACUACAUAGUGCCAGGCAGAGACCUGAGCCAGGCCUCCCAGGAGCUCCCAUAAGUGGCCAUCAAAAUGGUAGUAGCAAUGACCUAUUUGCACCUGAGAAACGGCUGACCUUGGGCCACAGCAAACUGGACCUCAUCACUAAGUACAACAAGUCCAAAUUCAAGCAGCUCCGAAGUCGUUUUGAGUCCUAACUCUGCUCCUAGCAGGGACAGAGUCUCCCUCCAUCCUCAGAGA